GCAAAAUUUUCUUGUUCUUACAUGGGAAGAAACAGGGAAGGAAGAAGAACUUUGUCACAAAAGAGUAAUCGGGCUGAAUUCACUAUCAUCAAUCCUCCACCAGUUCCCAGCCUUUCUGCAGAUCCUUCAGAACCUCUGUAUCUGGUUGGGGAGAACAUUUCUCUCAGGUGCUCCGCUCCCAACAACGUUGUUCAAAGCUGGAGACAGUACCUGUUUUCCCAAAUAAGAAAAAAUGAGAACGAGAUCUCUAUAAAGGAUCUGGAUUGUCAUGAAGAGAACUCUCUGGUCCUCACAGUUACAAGGGAUGAUUCUGGAUUAUAUAAAUGCCGGUACCUAGAACAGAAAUAUGGGAGAACCAUCUCUUCAGAGUGGAGUCGUCCUGUCUCAAUUGUGGUGAGAGAUCCUCUGCCUCCCCCAGUGUUGAAGCUGCAUCCUCCCUCUGGAUCCCUGCGGGAAGGCAAAGUCCUGCAAAUCCUGUGUGUGCCCAAUGAGGGCAAUAGCACCAAAAGGUUCCAUUUCUCAUGGAAGGGUGUAGAAAUGGCCUCCAGCAGUGAAGGUCUUCUGAGGAGCAGCAGAGACUCUGGGCUUCUUACUCUAAAUAUGUCAGUAGCCUUCCUAUAUGCCAACGGCGAUGGAAGCCUGGGACUUGCUUGCAGAUAUGAGGAAAACAUAAAUGGGCGCUGGAUCAUGUCUUCUUGGAGCCAGACAGUGAAUAUCACAGGUUCACAGACAGAUUCAUCUCGAUCAGCCCCCAGGCUGUCCUCGUCUCUUCCACACAGCUUUAUUAUUAAAGGAGAAGAGAUUCCCCUGAAUUGCUCCCUCCCUGAGGGAGUCGCAUCCUGGAGUCCGGAGGGAUCCCAUAGGUUCUUUUUCUACUGUAAAGAUCAAUCUGGCAAAUCAGUUGGAGGUCAACAUCUCCCUAACAAUACCGUCAAUAUCAGGACUGAAAAUCUGACCUCUGACCAAAUAAAGAUUAUAUGUAAUUGCAAGAUCAGGGAAACAUCUUGGGGAUGGCCUUCUUCUCCUGAAAGUAACCAGCUGGUCUUCUCAGUUGUUGAUGAACUUCCUUCCCCUCCUUCCCCGCUGCUGAAAGUGGAUCCGGUGUCCCAGGUGAAGGAAGGUGACCCUUUAGUCUUCCUCUGCUCAGUGGAAGGAAGCAAUGCAGAGAAGAUCUUCCAUUUCUACAAGGAUGGGAUGGAGAUCACCUCCAGGGAAGAAGGUCUUCUGGAACCUUCCAUUGAACCCACAGAUCGUGUUCAAAGUGCCUCUUUGAGAAUCCUACAUGCGUCAUUCAACCACAGUGGCGAAUUUGCUUGCAGUUAUGAAGAAAAGAGAACUAACCAAUGGCUUGUGUCUUCUUGGAGCCAGGGGAUAAACAUGACAGUCAUACCAGUUUGGACCCACGGUUUAUAUUCUGUUUGGAGAUAUGCCCGGAGAUGGAUUCUUUUUCUAAUUCUGCUGGUUCCAAUUGCCUUUUAUUGCUGGAAGCAAAAGAGCACAUCUCAAUCACAGGAACAAUUUCAACUAAUGGAAAAGAAAGAGAAAGGAGAUCAUCUUUCAGUGAUGGAGCCUCAAGUAGCAACACCCUCAUCAGUCAAGUUUCCCCAGGACUUUGAGGCCACCUACAGCAAUGUUCAGGACUUCUCCACUCAGAAGAACCAUCUUACAGAAGAGGAAGAAGAGGGGGCACCCUCAGAGGAGCUCGCCUUCAUCCUUUGGAGUUUCACUUCUGAGUCUCAGGUGAGAGAGAAGAUCCAAGGCUUUUUCCUUAUUGAUCUGUUCCUCUCCAUGUUUGUUUGA